AGCAAGGAUGUUAGGAUAAUUCAUGUUGUUUUCUGAUUUGGGCAAGUAUUUGCCGAGUUACAUACGUUAAGGGACUACGAUGUUUGAGAGUUAUGACCAAAGAAAAGAGUGAUAUUGAUACAUUAGAGCUGCCUGAAUACUGCUUUCACAACAAAUUCAUUCUAGUAGAAGAACUCGCUCUGGAACGAAACUUUUUAAGACUGCAUCAGGGGCGCUGCACUGUAAUUGGUAGGUUACAACAACAUCACAACGGAUAUCUCAUAUUGGAAAACAUUAAUCUAUCACAUUUGCCUAGAAAAUACGCCUUGCCUGAAGGUACAGCAAAUUUGCGUAUUUUUAAAUUUGCUGUUUGGGAUGUCGAAUUGAAAAUUGGCCAUUAUUGCGAAGUGGUUGGUGAAGUUGUCCUUUGGAAUCCAAAUAAUUCGCGAGACAAUUGGUUGCGAGUGACACCUCGGGGAGCACUGGAAUCUUCACAGAAUUUCGAUAAAAUCAAUAACAAAGAGAUAUUUGAACAAUUACACAAGAAGUAUUUUCCAGCGAUAAAUUGUUUCAAAAUAGAUUACAUAGAAUGUCCAGCGGAAUUGAUUGAAAGGCAUUUAAAGAUACGACAUUUGGCGUUAAAUAAUGCAAAGAAAUAAACUGAAAUCGAUGUUAAAAAACUGGGAAUCCUUAAAACAUCCG